ACCACAAACCCCACGCCGAGAUUUCGUCUCUCCGCUGCGCUAAAAGUGCGCGACGAAAGCGGCCCACGACUAUGCCCGGUGCGGCGUUAAAGUGCGGGACGACCACUUGACAGGCCUGGGCGAGGUCUGAGCCGUUGCCGGGGACGGGAAAUACAUUUCUUCUUAUGGGAGCAGCAUGCGGGAAAUGGUUGGAGGUUGCUGCGUGUGUUCAGACGAGCGAGGCUGGGCUGAGAACCCUCUGGUCUACUGCGAUGGACACGGCUGCAGCGUCGCCGUUCACCAAGCAUGUUAUGGCAUUGUCCAGGUUCCUACCGGUCCGUGGUUCUGUCGGAAGUGUGAAUCACAGGAGAGGGCGGCACGCGUGAGGUGUGAACUAUGUCCCCACAAAGAUGGUGCCCUCAAAAGGACAGACAGUGGAGGCUGGGCCCACGUUGUGUGUGCGCUCUACAUCCCUGAGGUGCAGUUUGCCAACGUCCUCACCAUGGAGCCUAUCAUCCUGCAGUACGUCCCACAUGAGCGAUACAUCAAGACCUGUUAUAUCUGUGAGGACCACGGGAGGGAGAGCAAGGCUGCGUGCGGAGCCUGCAUGACCUGCAACAGACAGGGCUGCAGACAAGCUUUCCAUGUCACCUGUGCUCAGAUGGCAGGUCUGCUGUGUGAGGAGGAAGGCCCAGAAGCUGACAACGUAAAAUAUUGUGGCUACUGCAAGCACCACUACAACAAAAUGCAGAAGAAGUUGCGAUCCAGUGAAAAUACAAGUAGCUCCUUCAGUCAUGCCAGGGGGCGCUCAAGCUCUCCACUGCAAGACAAACAUCACCACCACAGACCGAGGAAGAGUCAUAAGGACAAGAUUCGGCAAAAGGAGCGCCACAAGAAGUCCUCUGACAGCCUGGGCUCUUCAGUGACGCCCAGUAGUAUAGUAGAAAAGAUCUCCUCGAGUCACCACAGCAGCAAGGACAGUGAGGGAAAGUCCAAGAAGCUGAGCUCACACAGUCAUGGUCAUCGCAGCAAGAAGACGGGAAGCAAUGGCAAGAGCUGCUCCUCCUCCUCCUGUUCUUCCAGUCCUUUCAACACAGGUGGCUCCCUGACUUCCACUCAGGAUUUCCAUCAGUUCUCAUCAUCCUCCCGCCUGGAGCGUGACCACGACCAAGGGGGCGAGGAGCACAGCGGUGAGGAGCGUAAGGAGCGUCACAGGAGGCCAGCGGUCCAGGAGGAGGAAGAUGAUGAAAAGGAGGAGGAUAAAGAUGAGGAGGAAGAGGAGGAGGACAGUAAAUACCACAAGCCACCAGCUUUGACUCCUGCUGACGGCCCACUGGCAGGCUCACAGGGGCACGACCGGUCCGAAGGCAACUCCAGUCCUUUCGAGAACAAGGUCACUAUUUCCACCUUUGGCUCCAUCAUGCGCAUCACCUCUUCGUCGGGGCUGGGCAGCAGCACCAAGAUCCGGAAGAUCUCCUCCUCUGGGGACUACAAGCCUUCCAAGUCUCUCUGUAAGCCGUCUCAACUGAGCACGCCGCCCAUCUUGGAGGAGGCGGCCCCAGAUGACAAAGCCACGCCUCCGCCGCUGCCCCGAGAGAGGAGACACCGUGGCAACAAGAAGAGCAGCCAUGGUCCAGGGCGGCCGCGAGGCAGCAAGAACCGAGACAGGAGGGAGGAGGAGCAUCACCACCACCAUCACCACGCAGCGCCGCCUCCUCCAGCCCUAACCUCCUCACUCUAUCCGAGCCCAUCCUCCAUCCCUCAUCCCGCCUUCCCAUCCACGCUGCCUCCCGCCGCCAUCUCUUCUUCCUCUUCUUUCUCUUCCUCUGCCGGCAGUUUUUCCACGAGCCGUGGCAACUCUCUGCUCAGCACUGGUAUUUACUCCAGUCUCAAGGACCCUCUUACACUGGGCGGGGGUAUCUGCAGCACCCCUCUCUCCCUGCGUGGAGGGUUGUGUAGCACCUCCUUGUCGCUGGGAGGGGGCAUGUGUAGCACCCCUCUCUCCUCAGGACUCCUUACAUCCCACGUCUCCUCCCUCUCCCUUCCGCCAGCCAGCGCUGUCUCGAACACGCAGGUCCAUCAAGGUUCCAGCACCUCCUACAGCCUGACCUCCACACCGUUCGCCAGCGCCCUCUCCACAGCCCCGCCACUGCCGCCACUACUGACCCAAGCCCAGACCUCACUGCCAGAGUCCGACCUGGAUGACUGUCGCUUCCCUUGUCAGGGGAACUCACCGAGAGAGAGUCUUUCUUCACAGUCUCCUAUGAGCUGUCUUCCUCUUCUAUUUGACCAGAGGGACGGGUUGGGGGCAGGAGUCCGAGUCCGUCCUGAGAACGUCCCUGCAGCCAGCUCCCACAUUGAGCUGCUGUUGGAGAAACAUGGCAACGGAGAGAUGGGAGUCAACAUUGUGGAGAUGCUCCAGUCACUCCACUCCCUGCAGCAGGAGAACCAGCGCCUCCAGGACCAGAUCCUCAGCCUGACGGCCAAGAAGGAGCGGCUGCAGCUACUCAACACGGAGCUGGCCGUGUCUUUCCCUCAACACAUUCACUCGGCCCACGGCUCCAUGCACACGUCUGCCCAGAUCAACUUCCUGUCGUCCAUCCAAGACCCCCUGAGCACCAAUAAGAGUCCCCUAUCCAAAGGCUGCUUCCUGAACGACACCUCCUUUGUUACCUCGUCUGAGGAGCUCCACUCUGGUAGUCCGUCCCGCAGUAGCUCCUCCCUCUCCUUCCAGAGUACUCCUCCUCCUCAGCAGAGCCCCGCCUCCUUCGGCCAGCCCCUGCUGAACGGCCUGAGUCGAGGUUUGGCCGACGGCUUGGGGACCCUCGGUCAGGCUGGCAGCUCCUCUCUGCCCGUGGUGAGCGGCCUCAUGUCGUCCCUGGCAGGAAGUCCUCAGCUGAGCAUGAACGGCGUGCUGGGCAGUCUGAACGGUGUGAUCCAGUCUCCUGUGCAGAACGCCCCUCAUCCCACACUCCCCGCUUUGCGCCCCCAGCCUCCACCGCUGAACCCCCAGGCACUGGCACAGGGCUUUCAGCUUCCCAAGAGUGUGAGCCCGUCUUCUCUCCUGUCAGAGCAGCAGAAGCAGCUUCUCCUCGAGCAGCAGCAGCUCCAGCAGUUUCUCACCUCACAGAACUUCACUCCUGAGCAGCAGGUGAUGGUGUGCCAGAUGCUGCAGAGACAGAGGGAGCUGCAGCGCCUCACGCUGACGGGAGCACUCACCUCCAGCCCAAACUCCCCCGGCCUGCUGUCCUCAGCCACAGCCUCGCCCCUGCAGGGCGGCCAGGGCGGCAGCCUCUUUGGCCUGCAGGACACCGCUCAUCACAAGCCCGGGGCGGCAGGAGAGAAGGGCGGAGACAAGAACGGGUGACGUUUCUUGAUUACACAGGAGCAGUUUAAAUGAAGAUAUGGGGCAUCGCAGCCCUCCUUGAAGAACUGAGGUCAACUUCCAUGAUCUUUGAACGUCUUUCCUUCUCCGUCAUCGUUAUCUCACACCCUCUUUUAUGAAUGUAUAACAGGAUGGACGUAAACGUUUUUUGUGUUUUGAAAUUCUUUUAUAUCAGAGGUUCUUCUCCUAGGUUUUUGCGUAGGCAGCUUUCAGAGAGCAUGAAUACAGUGGUCUCUUCUUAAAUUGCACUAAUUUGUUAGCUAGACCAAUGGGGCUGCUUCUGAUGGCAGAGCCAGAGUUCCUGCUCAUCCCUGCAGGUGCUGCGUAGGCUUUUGGGUUGAAGUGUGAACUCAAAAGGUCAGAGCGUCUCCGCUCGCACUUCUCAAGCACUGACCGUUGAUGAUUUCCGCUUGAACCCGAGUUUCCCUUCAGUCAGUGAGAAUCACAGACGUCUGCCACUUCUUUCAACCUCAACUGUCUUCCUUGAUAUUUUGUCUUCCCUUUGUGUUCCCCCUCACCCAAUGUUCAUCCAGAUAUUCUAUAUGUUGCAGCCUCUCACAGGCACUUAUUAUGUAAAGAAAAAAAUAUACUGUCAUUUCCGAUGUGUGGUUAGUGACAUUUCAACUUUAAGCUAGUUAUUACCUCAGAUCUUUCUGCCACCUAUUUUCCUUUGGUGACAUUUUGUGCUGACUCAUUACCGCAAUAGCCUUCACUGGAUAUAAAUGCCCACCAAAAAUCUUGAUUUUAUCUCUUAGGUAUUAACUCAUGUAAAUGUACAAAUGGCACAGAAUCCAGGUGUCCAAAAUGGCGCCGUUGCCCACUAGAGAAGGGCAUCAAACGUGAACGUUUAGUGCCAGAUUUUAUUCCAAACCACCACGAGAGUUUUCUAAAGACUUUUAUAUCCUUCCAGUUGCUAUCGAGAUUAAACAGACAAAACCAAACAUUUGGAAACUGUAAGUAAGAAAAGAAUUGUUUUUCCUAAACAAGUGUGCACUUUGCAUGUUAGUAGCUAACAGAGCAAAUUAGCCAUCGACAGAGAACAUUUAUAAAGGAUGCGCGGUACUUAAUAGGCCACUAGGGACUGACAGGUGUUUAUGAUUUAUGUGAGUAUUUUGCACUCCUCCUCCUGAAGUGGCAGGUUUUUACGUUACUUUUAUAGAUAGAUAUUCCUUUCAUGUUCACCAACUAGUUGUUCUUUUAGCAAUACUGGAUAGAUAAUGCCUUAACGACGGUAGAUUUACAGAGAAAACCAUGAGCCCAAAGGCUCACUCUCUUACACGCUCUCUUUCUUUGGUAGUGUUUUUUAUCUACAUUAGUAAAGCGAAAGCACUCUUCCCAAACUCGUUUAUACUUUUGAUAGCUGACUGAUGAUUUCAAAAGUUGAAAUGUGUGAAUAACCGUAUAUGGUGGUAACUAAAGUGUCAAAAUCAUUUUUCUAUUGUAAUGUUUUGUGUUCAGAUGCAAUGUUAUUUAGUUGUUUGCGCUUCAGAGAACUGAGAAACAAGUAAAGCCUGCACAGUGGAGUCAUAGGAGACGGCUGGGGACGGCCACCAUGUAAACUAUUAUUAAAGUGCUGUCGCAGCGGUGUGUGAUGCAUAGUGUAGCUGUUAUCAGACGGUGAAGGGCCAGUGUCGUUACUGUUAGCCUUCACUGCAGGGCUGUUUGAGCCCGGUUCAUGACUUAAGCCGAUGUAGAAAUAAGCUUUCUUUCUUUCCACUCCACCUUCUCAUAAUAUGCCUCUGUUUGGCUCAGUUUUACUAACAGUUAUUCACAGAGUUAAGGGAUUAUUUUAUCAUAGUUUCUCCUGUGUUCUUUAACAAUAUUGUCAUAGGCCUUUUUUUUUUAAAUAUUUUCUCACUUCUGUUUGCAAUCUUAAACAUGAGCUCCCAUACAUGUGAUAUCUUGAGUGCUAGAUGAUUUUGUUAGCAGCUAAUGUAGACGUCAAAGGAACUUCAAGCAGCUCACUAGUCUGUGAUAAAUACUGUAGCAAUGACAGAAGGAGAAUGUGGAUGAUGUUGAUAAAGACAUGAGCCAACACAUUGACAUGACUCCAAGUGGGAGGUCUGCAAUUUACCAAGUAUGUCCUUUAGGAGUCGCCUCUCAGUAGAGGCAAAGUCCAGACACACAACCAUGUCGUGGAGAUUGACUGAAAAGUGGUGCGAAGGAUUUCUGAGCGGUUUCUUUUUCAUGUUGCACUGGGGCGCUUUGGGCCCAACUGUAAAGCAUUUUUUUUUAAGUACCUUUUAUGAAUUUUGUUGGAAUACGAGUUGUAUACUUUAAUAUGUUUGUGUAAAAACACAUUCAUUCUUUUAAGCUUUGAAGUUUGGGUAACCAAGAUAAUCCAUGUUCUGAAUGUCGUACUGUGUAUCUUUUAUGUAUUUUAACAUUUAAGCACCUGGCUCUGAAUGAGGUUUGAUGGAGAGCGAGUUACCUAUUGAGAUAUGAAUUGCAUGAAAUGCAGUGACGUGUCUCAAAUGUGUUGCUAAAUGCCAAGUAAAAACUAUGCAUAAUUUUAAAUGCAUUGUUCCCUGGGAAAAAAAAAGAAGAAAUUAAAUUAAAUGAGCACUGAAUUUUAAAAAGGACACGCAUGUUGUCAUUGUACAGUGUAUUUGUUUGAGAGAAUUGAUCAAAACAAAUUUGACAAUAUUCAGAUUAAAAAUCCCUGUAAAGUAUUUUGAUAUUUUUGUGUGUAAAAUUAAAAAAAAAGGAUGAAUUAA